UCUAAUGUGCAAUUCUAAAAUGUUAUCCUUUUAAAAGGAUAAUAUUUUAGAAUUGCACAUUAGAGUUUUUAUAUUUCAAACAUGAUUUCAACAGUUCAAAAAAUCCUUUUAUGCCUUUUUCUUGCUCUGUCUUUAUCUGCAGAGAAACAAUGACAAGAAUAAUAAUUAAAAAUAAAAACUACAGCUGAGGCCACAGAGCUGACUCAAUUUCUUAGCAGGACUUUGACGUGUAAAGAUCAGUGAGCAUAGCGCUCAGAUGUGAAUCACUGGGAGCUUUCAGACAUCUUGUUUAUUCUUGUUGCCGUUUCACAAACUCUGCUGACAGUGAGUCAUGAAUUACACUUGUAAUUUACACCAGGCUGACACUCUUAUCCAGACAUUCAGGAGUACUCAAGCAGUGAAUGCCACCAUCUGAAAUGGGUUUCGAAACAGCUAUUGAUGCCAUCUCCAUCAGAAUUCAAGUUUCCACUCAUUUUAGAGGCACAGACUUCUAAAAAGAUCAGGAGGGGGUAAAAAGAGGAGAGGAAGAGAAAAGUGAUGUGAAACACACACGCACGCACAAAUGUACAAGCACACAACAUCAGUGGUGUCGUAUAUCUUCAUCAAAAAGGGCAUUGUGCAGGAAGCCUGGAAUAAGGUAAGCCCUCCAUCCAGCGCUGUCCAGGACGACCAAUCCGAUCCGGGAACAUCCCAUCAAGGGAGUGUGUUCAGGCUGAUGGAGUCCCAGGUUUUCAGUUGGAUCGGACUUUCCUGCCAGUCUCUGUUUUACUUUCUCGUGGCAUCACCUGUGCAAACGCAUCACCGGGUCUGGAUUUUGUGACAAUUCACUGAAAGUUUGUAGAGUUUCCAUCAACAUCUACUCGACUGAAAUGGCAGCGGACGGCAUCAGGAAGGAGUCGCGGAAUGGCCGCGCUGACCACACUGACCACAGUGACCACACCAACAACAAACAAACAGAGAAGGCCACAGUGCUUCAUAAAGAUGUUGGUCUGCUGAGUGGCAUUUCUCUAAUUGUUGGGACUAUGAUUGGCUCAGGGAUCUUCAUUUCACCUAAAUCUGUUUUGAGGUACUCAGGAGCUGUGGGACCCUGCCUCCUCAUCUGGACCGCCUGUGGAGUGCUGUCCACUUUAGGAGCUCUGUGCUACGCUGAACUUGGUACCAUGAUCACCAAAUCGGGAGGAGAGUAUUCCUAUUUAAUGGAGGCUUUUGGGAACCUCCUGGCCUACCUUUACUCGUGGACCACCGUCAUGGUGCUGAAGCCCUCCUCCUUUGCUAUCAUCACUCUUAGCUUUGCGGAGUACGCUUCUGCUCCUUUCUACGCAGGCUGCACUCCUCCUGUUCUGGUUCUCAAGUGUCUUUCAGCAGCUGCGAUAUUUAUAAUCACCACUGUGAACUGCCUAAGUGUCAGGCUAGCAAGUUUUGUUCAGAACUUUUUCACUGUAGCCAAACUUAUCAUCAUAAUCAUCAUUGUGGUAGCUGGCAUCGUUCUGAUGGCACAAGGAAACACAGAGAACUUGUCAAAUGCCUUUGAAGGCUCAGCAACAUCAUUUGGAGCGAUUGGACUUGCAUUUUAUAACGGGCUCUGGGCUUAUGAUGGAUGGAACCAACUAAAUUUCAUCACAGAGGAGCUCAAAGACCCAUACAGAAAUUUGCCACUGGCCAUUGUUAUUGGAAUCCCUCUGGUCACUGUGUGCUACGUGUUGGUCAAUGUAGCUUAUUUCACUGUUAUGACCCCCAAUGACCUUCUGUCGUCUCCAGCUGUAGCUGUGGGCCCAUCACCAUGCACCUCCAGCUGCUGUUGGAAGUGGUGCCUCCAGAGAAAACUGAAUGAGAAGUGAUGGUCGGUUCAGUUGAGUCUCAAAGAUUGCCUACCUUGAAGGAUAUGGAUAGUGCUCAUAAGAUCAAAGUCUAAACCAGCAAUUGCUCUAUUUAAAAAAUGAUUUAAUGUCACAACAGAACCUGUGAAAACUUCUUUAGGGGGAACGUGAAUGAAAUGCAAACACGGUGUUGUGAUUAGAAAUGUUGCUCAUGUACAUAGUACGUUUUUUUUUUACACAAAACACACGGUUAGAACAAAACAAUAUUUGAUGUAAUGUGGAUGUUAUGCCACAGUUAACAGCAGGGAAGGGAUUUGCUUUUCCUCUCAUAAAUGUUAACCAUAAACUGUGAGUCUGCCGUGUUUCAGAAGUGAGUUUUAUGCUGAGAGAUGGCUGCAUGCCAAACAGAAAAGCUGAUCAUAAACCUGUGAUCCAGAGUAAUGAAAAAUGAUCUGAUGAGUUUCGAGUUAUAUUCUGGUGUCUCUUGAAGGAACACAGAGAUUCAUGCUUAUUUCUUCUCCGUUAGAAAAUUAAACAUCCCUUGCAUGAAAUACUCACACAACCUGACAGCUGUGUGGGUAUUUCAUGCAUUACUGCUUUUAUAUUUCAGUAUUGUACAUAAAAUGCUGUAGAGCUGCUAAAUUCUUCACCAUGUGUGAAUUGACUCAAGAAUA